UCAUAUAAUCCCAUUGUAGGCCCACACUUUCCAAUCCCUGCACUGCAUUCGUAAACAAAGAGCUUUGCCUUGCAUUACUUCUGAAAAUUUGAAAGAAGAAAAUCAAGAGACAAUGAGUGUCUCCUUCCUCUCUACACUUCCUUCUCUGGUUCCCAUUGUUUCUCUCAGCACUUCCAUUUCCACUACCAGACUCUCUGCACAUGCUAGUAAUCAGGUUGUCAUUCGUUGUCAUAAACUAGAGACUGAUGUUCGUGAGAUUGGUUUCCACAGAAGAGAUGUUCUCAAAUACGUUGGUGCUACCAUUGGCAUGGAAAUAGUAGCAAGCUCUGGAUCAUUCAUUGAAAUGGCAAGUGCUGCUGAUUUGAUACAACGGAGACAACGUUCUGAGUUUCUCUCUAAUGUUAAGGAGACCCUCCUAACUGCACUACAGGGGAAACAAGAUCUUAUCCCUUCAGUUCUGACUUUGGCACUGAAUGAUGCCAUGACAUAUGAUAAGGCUACAAAAUCUGGGGGUGCAAAUGGAUCUGUACGGUUCAGCUCAGAGAUAAACAGACCUGAAAAUAAGGGGCUUUCUGCUGCUCUGAAUUUAAUAGAGAAAGCGAAGAAGGAGAUAGAUUCAUAUUCCAAGGGUGGACCAAUAUCCUUCGCAGAUCUGAUUCAGUUUUCAGCACAAAGUGCCCUUAAGGCUACAUUUCUGGCAUCUGCUAUCCGUAAAUGCGGAGGAAAUGAAGAGAAAGGGAGGUUACUAUACACUGCCUAUGGUUCAAAUGGACAGUGGGGCUUAUUUGAUAAGCAAUUUGGAAGGACAGAUACCCAGGAGCCAGAUCCAGAGGGGAGGGUGCCCCAGUGGCAGAAAGCUUCUGUACAGGAAAUGAAAGAUAAGUUUUCAGCAAUCGGCUUUGGUCCUCGCCAGCUGGCUGUUAUGUCAGCAUUCUUGGGUCCUGAUCAAUCAGCAACAGAGGCCUUAUUAGCGACUGAUCCAGAUGUUACUCCAUGGGUUCAGAAAUACCAACGUAGUCGAGAAACAGUUUCUGAGACAGAUUACGAGGUUGAUCUGAUAACAACUCUCACCAAGUUAAGUAGUUUGGGCCAACAAAUCAACUAUGAGGCCUACACAUAUCCUGUUCAGAAAAUUGAAUUGAGCAAACUCAAAUUAUAGAGAAGCAGAUGAUGUUGUCAAGGCAGAAGCACCAAUGCAUUAUUUGAUUCCAACAACCAUUUUUUUUUCAGAGAUAUGUUCUACAAGCUCUCUAUCCGUGUAACAAGUUGAUUCAGUAGGUUUUAAAAUCUGAACUUGGAAUGUCAAUAAAUCUGGAACUUACCACUGCAGACUCAAAGAAUAUAUGAUUUCUUGUUCUACCGA